GAAAUCAAAACAUGAAGCAUAGCUAUCGGUGGCAUUCUCUUGUUGCGAACACUUUUCACCAUGUAGUCAUUAGAGCUUGAAGUGAAGUGCUCAAAAGUGAAACGAUUUUAUCAAAAUACUACAAAUUUCGAUGGAACGAAACAUUGGUGCUAAAUCUGCGAGUGAUCUCGUCCUUUUAAACUUUACAUUAUUCGAAACAUAGUUCAAACUCAAAGAAAACAAAAAAAAUGCAUAAAUACAAUUACCACCCCGACGACAACGACGUAAACCACCUUGGCCGGGAUCUGUUUCUGGACAUUUUGACAAUAAUCGCAGUGUGCUGGAUUGCGUUUCGCGGCUGCUGCAAAUCUUGCUGCAAGCCCCAAACCAGGGAAACGGAGGAAGUGGUUCUUGCCAGUGUUGGUGCUGCCGCUGCCGCUGCCCCUGAGAUUGCCCUCACGACACUCAACUAUCCGAACACGGUGGAAAUUCCAAUCGGUGGCAACUACUCCGAACUGUGGGACGAGUGGAAUGGCAUGAAUGGAUUUCCGAGCCCGGGCCACGACCCACCGGUACAGCUCAGCCCGGACGAUUCGGGCCAGGAGCCCCCGCCCAGCUAUGACGAGGCCGUCAAUGGUUAUUGGACGCGGAUUUCUUCAAUGAUUCACGCUUGAAUGGUGCGGUUUCUUAGGGUUCAAGUGAGGAGGCAAAGGGUGAAAUUGGCGCAGUAACUUAUGAGACUGAGUUAGAAAUUAGUUUUUCUUUAGAAGAAAAAAAUAUAGUUUUUUUUUUGAAUUUCAUUAUUUAUUCGUUUAUUAUAUUUUAAAUAUUUAAUAAAAAAAUUAGUAUUUUUUUUAAAAUCAGGUAUUAUCAGCAAAUUGAAAACUAUUACAUUGCGUUGCAUUUUUGUUCCUCUGCUCUGGUUUAUUUAUAUUUCUUCAUAUUACACAUUUUUCAUUGAACAAAUCUAAAUUGUAUACAUGUAUAUCGAUUGUAUAUCGAUUGUACGUUAGGGUGUCCCAAAUAUGGAACAUGGCCGUGAAAUUUGAAAAAUAAUACAGUUCAGACUC